GCUGUGAGGGAAGCAGACGUGGUGCUCCGGAAAGCGCCGCGCCGGGGCCAACCCACGUCGGGCAGGAAGCCCUGCCUCCAGCCCUGCCGCGGCUCGGCGGCCCGCUCGCGGCUCUCCUCCCAUUUCUGCCCAGGAGGAGUCAGGGCGGACUGUGAGGGACAAUGAGUAGGGGCUGAUAGAGGAGCUCCUCUACAGUGAAGCGCCGCCAUCUUGCAGUACGGACGAAAAGGUGUGGCGGGCGCCAUUUUGCACUUGGCCGAGAGAUGAGAAGCGCCUUAUUGCAUUUCCCCUCCUGGGCGCCGCCAUUUUAGGUUACGGCAUAGCCUCCGCCUUCCCAAGAGCAAUCUCAUUGGGCGCCGCCAUUUUGGCUUACGAACAAGACGGCGACCCGCAGGGGUCCUCACCCCCUCCCUUCCUCCCUUUAGGUGCCUUCAUAAAAUGCCCGUCGAGAAUCCCCUCUUUUUUCGCUCCGCUCCCAAGAUGGCGUCGAUGCGGGAGAGCGACACCGGCCUGUGGCUGCACAACAAACUGGGCUCCACGGACGAGCUGUGGGCGCCGCCGAGCAUCGCCUCGCUGCUCACGGCCUCGGUCAUCGACAACAUCCGUCUCUGUUUCCACGGCCUUUCCUCGGCCGUCAAGCUCAAGCUGCUCCUGGGGAUGCUGCACCUGCCCCGCCGGGCGGUGGAUGAGAUGAAAGGGGCACUGACUGAAAUUAUCCAGCUCGCUACCUUGGAUUCAGACCCCUGGGUCUUAAUGGUAGCUGAUAUUUUAAAAUCCUUUCCAGAUACUGGCUCCCUUAACCUUGAUCUUGAAGAACAGAAUCCCAAUGUUCAAGAUAUUUUAGGAGAGCUUAGAGAGAAAGUAAGUGAAUGUGAAACCUCAGCUAUGUUGCCGUUGGAAUGCCAAUACUUAAACAAAAAUGCCUUGACAACACUCGCUGGGCCACUUACUCCCCCAGUGAAACAUUUCCAGCUGAAAAGAAAACCUAAAAGUGCCACUCUCAGAGCUGAACUCUUGCAGAAGUCAACAGAAACUGCGCAGCAGCUCAAGAAGACUGCAGGAGUGCCUUUCCAUGCCAAAGGCAGGGGACUGGUCAAGAAGAUAGAUACAACAACACCACUCAAAGGAAUACCAAAACAAGCUCCCUUCAGGAGUACUUCAGCUCCCAGUGUUUUUAGUCCUUCUGGAAACAGAACUCCUAUUCCUCCUUCAAGAACACCUUUGCGCAAAGAAAGGGGAGUAAAGCUUCUAGAUAUCUCUGAGCUGGAUAUGGUAGGUGCUGGCCGUGAAGCAAAGAGAAGAAGAAAGACAUUAGAUACAGAAGUUGUGGAAAAGCAAGCCAAAGAAGAAACAGUAGUAGAAAAUGCUACCCCAGAUUAUGCUGCUGGCCUUGUAUCUACACAGAAACUUGGCUCGUUGAACAAUGAGCCUGCACUACCUUCUACAAGUUAUUUACCUGCUACCCCCAGUGUGGUGCCGUCUUCCUCCUAUAUCCCCAGCUCUGAAACACAGCCAGCUGGCUCUGCACGAGAGGCCUUGCAGACCAACAGACAGACAGAAGAGCCUGCAGCUCCAAAUGCUACUACAACUCUUCCUGCACAGUUCAAACAAAGAACACCCAUGUACAACAGCAACUCUAAUCCCCCUGCAGCUACACCUACCUCACCCCUAACACCCACCACACCUCCUGCCAUCUCCCCUGCGGCACAGGCACCACAAGUGGCCCCCCAAACUCAGCAACAGCCACCACCCAAGAAAAGCCUCUCUCUCACAAGGGAGCAAAUGUAUGCUGCACAGGAAAUGUUCAAGACUGCAAACAAAGUUACAAGGCCAGAAAAGGCUCUUAUACUUGGAUUCAUGGCAGGAUCCAGAGAGAAUCCUUGCCAAGAGCAAGGUGACAUCAUCCAAAUUAAACUUAGUGAACAUACAGAAGAUUUACCAAAGGCAGAUGGCACGGGCAGCACCACUAUGUUGGUUGACACAGUCUUUGAAAUGAACUAUGCUACUGGUGAAUGGACCAGAUUCAAGAAGUACAAACCUAUAACUAAUGUUUCCUAAGAGAUGCAGCAGCAGCAGAUUGGACCAAAUCAAGUUUAGAGUCAACCAGCUCAUAGAGUAUGUCAACUGUACAAAAUGGCAUUCAUGUGUACAUUUCUUAUUACCCUCCAGAGUAGAAGCUGUGCUCUUCAACCAAACCGAGCUCAGUGAACACAGAAGUGUUUGAUGGUGUCAAACUCACUUAAUUUUUUUUUUAUUAAUCUUGGGAGAGGGAAAGAUGAUCUUGGGGGAGGGGGGGAGACAUUGUUGGUGUGUUUUUUGUUCAGGAUUCUGAAAAAGGAGAUCACAGCUGAAAGGUUACAGAUGGGAGCAGUUUACUGCUAAGUACCAGAAGAGAAGACUACUGCACACGGUUUACUGUUAACUGAGGGCACAGAUCUUUAUUAUAAAAACAUUUUCUUUGGCAACAUAAGUUCUGUCAUAAGAAUGGAUGUUUGAAGAACCACAGGUCGGUACUUGAUGAUUUUGUAUUUCAGCUGCAGUAUAACCAUUGCAGAUGGUAGAUGUCCGUGUCUAAAGGUACCCAUUGGAUGUUUAGCUUAUUUAUGCUUGGGUCAUAGGAUGAAAUUGAGCAGCUUUGUUUUAGCAGUGGGAACGAAGUGACACGGACCCCCUUAUGCAUCCAAAGGAGAUCAUUUUAUUGUAGAAAUCAGCCCCUUUUUAUAUCUUUUAAUCUCAACCUGACAUAACUGAAACCAAAAAGAACAGAAAGAAGGCACCCAUUGGCUGGCUCAGCUGCAGUGCUGCUGUCCACGUGUCCUAUCAUCCAGUCAACUUCCUGCUCGUACACUGUCCUCGUUUCUCCAGCCAAUCAUACUCUCACUUCCAGCUGACCCUCAGUGACUCUCUCCUCACUCCUGUCUGCCUCUCACCCCUCAGCUGAUUUCCACCCCUCCAGCCUGCAGCUGUGCCUUUCCCAUGGGGCCUUCUGGGGAGCAUAAGCCUUAACCAUUUUAAUAAUCAUUAUCCCAUGUCCUACAUCUCCCCCCUCUUUUUUAUUAAGCAAUGAAGACCUACUAGGAAAAACCUAAGCAAUUCCUAAGACAUUAGUAACAGUGACAAUAAUAAUAACUAUUACAACUUUUCAAAAACUGUAACUGAGGCUUCUCUGCUGUGAGUAGUAACACUUAACCAGGAACGUAAUUCAAUUUUGAAUGAAAUUAACAAGGUGAAGCUUACAACUGCCUAUAUGCUUUGCUAUCACCCAGGGUCUGCCAAGGAGCCUUCUUUUCACACUGAGGACUUGGAAGGCCUUUCCUGGACAAGGCUUCCAUGUUUACCUCAAAGGAAUGUGGUCAAGCUUUUGCAAAGCUAAAUCAGUGAGUCAUUUUUUUGUACAGAAACACCUGGCUUUGAUAGCAUACUUUUCCUUGCCAGUCAAGGCCAUAGCUUGGCCAGAGCUAAGACCUAGGCUGGGAAGGCUUUCCUAUCAUAUCCUUAAAAGAAAUCUUCAGUAAUAACACACAGAACAAUCGGCUUUGUCAUAAAUAACUUGUAAAUAACUAUAACUAUGUACAUGUAUAAACAACUCCUUUGAAAGAACCAUUUCUCUUUUUGUCACAAACAAACCAAUUCAAAACUAUCAAAGGAAACAUCUCUUUGUUUCAGUGAAACCUACAGCCUCCAGGCAGGUUUGCUCCUCUGAGGAGGCAAGGCAGAGGUGCAAGGUCCUGGAGGCUAGCAGCAGCAAUGCUGGGGCUCGCUGUAAAGGUGGCAUGGCAGUGCCCCUGUCAGGGCAGCCACCUGCUCACUGCUGGUGGCCCUGUGCCCCAGAAGAGUGCAGCCUGGACCAUUGGCUGCUUCUGCUGCCGUGCCCUGACUGCCGCUUCUGGGUGGAUGUAUGAGACAAGUGUUGUGGUGACAGCCACUGGGCUGGCCAUGCUGUUGUUGCUGGGCCACGCUUCGUGAAUGGCGUUGCUGUACUUGACAGGCUGGCAAUCCCUGGUGUGCCUGUGGCUGGCCCUAGGCCACCUGCAGCAAGGUGAGCAGUGUCAAUGCGGCCGCCAGGCCUGCCCUGACCCCCACCCGGCCAGGACCCCCUGCACAUGUGUCCAAAACCUGGAAGUGCGCAGCUCAAGCCCCUGCCAGAGAGUUAGCAUUAUGAGCAGUAGUUCCCACAUUUUGGUGUGCUCUAACCGUAUCUGCUACAUCACAAGUACAUGGUUAUGAACAGCAAGCAGUGCUUUUCUGGUCUUUGUUCACAUUUGUAAAUGCGAGCUGCUGCAGCAGUGUGACUCUGGCCUCAUUAUUGCUGACUUGCCAGGAGAGCGUGGCAUGCAGUCUGUCCAGGAACUGCACAAGUUACUCUGCUGGACCCUGUAAAAUCUUAGCAAAAGACAUUAGAAUUGAUACCUAUCCCUGGGAGUCGCUGCAGGGCUAGGUGAGUGAUGGUAUCACAUAAAUCAUGUGGGUAGCCUGCACUGCAGGGAGUGCAAAGGGGCCCUCUCCAGUCAGCUGCGCAAUGGCAACUGGUGCAUUUCUGUCCUGCAGCGCUUCUGCUGGGCUGUACACAGCUCUCAGUAAUCAGUUAGCCAGACUGCAAACUGCAUCACUGUUAGAAUAAUUUUCCUUGUGCUUUUUCAGUCGUGGGGUGUGAGGAUGUACACAGUACUGAGAGACUCGAGGUAGCUUAGGGCGCGAUGGGAGGAUACGCUCUGUUCUUUCACUAGCACCCUCAGGUCUUCACAGUGUAGCUCUCGGUCCGCUGUGUUUUGUUUUGGUGCAUGUAUUACUGGGCAGGCCGAAAUGACCGCCAAGUUGCCCUCCUUCAUGGUGGCUUCCCAGCAAGGUUGCCAACGCUGGACUACUGCAUCGCCCUCUUGGGCAGGAAGUGAGUCUGCCACCCGCUCGUGAUGUGGGAAUUCUGCGCCAAAAGGGCCAGCCACGCAGGGAUUUUAUCAGGGUAAGGCAGUUCCAUGGGGCUUGGGUUGGUCUCGGGAUAAAGGAAUUCAGCGGGGUUUGGGCCCAUCUUGGAGUCGUGUAUGGUUUGGUGGCGCUGAGGGUUUGGGGGAAUUAACUUCUGAAGUCGUGUAAUGGCCGACAUUUGCAUGGCUUCCUUUAAAGGCUGCCACGACUGGCCCCCGUGUAGAGAGGUGCCCGCAAGCUUCGGCAUUGCCGUCCCUGGUGGUAUCAAAAAGUCUCUGCCCUAUUGCUUGCCAGGUUUCUGAUCAAAGGGGCCCACUAAAGGGAAACUCUUUAACUUGAUCUGACAUCCAGUCCAGCAGGGUGCUUGGUUUCACAUCAGCCAUAUUAAUAGAUUGCUGAUGUAGGAGCCACCUGAACUCCUGCUUUGUUUCCCUGAUGUUCCACCUCCCCUACUUUCUCCCACUGGUGAGAGGGAGAAAGUAUGGGAGGUGCACACACUUUAAAUGCC